UUAACAACCACUACAACAUAUUCUCCCGCGAAAAUUUCCAUUUCUCGGUAAGGUUUUAGGUGGUGACUAUGAGAGAUGGCUGAUGCACUGCUACAUGCAGAACUGCUGGCUGCUUGCUCUGCCUUGGGCUACAGCGAUGGGGCCAAGUAUCACAAGGAGGCUGAUUGUCUGGAAACCACCAAAGAUUUAGUUCGCUACCUGAGGAAAGACGACGAGAGCCAUGAAAUUCGUCGUGCACUUGGAGAGACACGUGUCCUGCAGACGGACUUGCUUCCCUUGAUACGAGACCACAGUCAUGAAAGUGAAUUGUUUGACAUAGCAAUCAGGCUGCUGGUGAACCUAACCAAUCCAGUUCUUCUAUUGUUUCAUGAGGAACUUCCAGAAGAGAAAGUAACUAGACAACAGUUCCUUCAGUUGGUAACUCAGCAGCAGGGUUACAAGGAAGCAUUUAUAGAUGAAAAGGUUUGGAGUGUCUUAGUGGGCAAGCUAGGUGAGUUGCUGCAGCUGGAGUGGGAUGAACGACAGGAAGAGGACAAACUGCUCAUCGAAAGGAUUUUGAUCCUUGUGCGUAAUGUUCUGUCUGUCCCUGCUAGCCCAGAGGAGGAAAAGAGGACUGAUGAUGACGCAUCUAUUCACGACCAGGUGCUGUGGGCGCUACAUUUGGCUGGAUUUGAAGAUCUUCUUCUCUAUAUUGCUUCAUCAGAAAAUGAACAAGAGUUGUGCAUGCAUGUCCUAGAAAUUAUUUCCCUCAUGCUGAGAGAACAGGAUGCAUCAAGGCUGGCUUUGGCUGGUUUACAGCGUUCACAGUCAGAGAAGGAGAAGGAUGAGCAGGAAUUACUUCAGAUGCGCCAAAGAGAAGCAAUUAAAAAGCAGCAGCAGAGACGGAAGUACUAUGGAGCUCGACACUCUAGAUUUGGCGGCACAUACUAUGUCCAGAACAUGAAGAGCAUCAGUGAUCGUGAUCUCAUUUCUCACCGGCCAAUAACUGACAUAAAGUCUCUCGACUUUGACCAUGCCAAGCGCCCCAAAAAACACAGUAAAAACAGAGUUCCACUGCGUGAGAGCAACAUGACAAGGAGGUCAACUCUUGCCAUCAGACUCUUUUUGCAGGAAUUCUGCAUCGAGUUCUUAAAUGGUGCGUAUAACAGCAUUAUGUACAUAGUGAAAGAUAACCUUAACAGAGCACGGGCACAAGAGCACGACGAAUCCUAUUAUCUAUGGGCAAUUAAAUUCUUCAUGGAAUUUAAUAGAUAUCAUCAGUUUAAAAUUGAGUUGGUCAGUGAGACCUUGAGUGUUGAGAUAUUUCAUUACAUUCAGACACACUUGGAGAAUUACUUUGAGAUGAUGGCCACAGACAAGAAGAAAAUACCAUUGUGGUCACGGAGAAUGCACAAAGCCCUGAGAGCAUAUCAGGAACUCCUCAUGACACUGGCAUCUAUGGAUAAGUCACAGGUCGAAUCUGUGCGAGAAUCUUCAAAAGUUCUAAAGAGUAAAGUCUUCUAUGUCAUAGAGUACCGUGAAAUGGUCUUAAUCCUACUGCAAAAUUUUAACCCAUUGCUGAUGACACCAGCCUAUCUCAAGGAUGCAAUAGAAACAGCCCAUAUUUUCCUGAAGCUUUUGGAAGGCUUUUGUGGAAAGAAUAGGCAUAUUAUGGUGCAGCAUAUGAAAAAACCUAAGAAAAAAGCUGUUUCAAGAAAGGCUCCUAGUACUGAACUAACAGAAGAGAAACUGCAAGAUCUCUGGGAUCAGAUUUCCUCAGAGUUAUCAGCAAUUGUUCAGGGUGAGGCAGGUGAACUUCCAGAUACAGUACCCUUUGAUACUCUGUCAGAACAACCUGAAGAGGAACAGAAAGAGUUAGCUAUGCGGAGGAUAAACAAAUUGCUGCGCAAUAAAGAAUUAGCUGAGGCAGUGUCAUUAAUGCGGUCAUCGAGAGAAGUGUGGCCAGAGGGAAAUGUGUUUGGCACCCAAGAUAUGGAGCCCUCUGAAGAGUUUUUAUCUCUGCAGGAAGUAUUCAUGGCAAAUCUGAAUCCGGUAGAGGAAGUAACUCCAGAAGUUUAUGAAGACAGUGAUGAGGAAGAUGAAGAGGAAGAGGAGGAGAGCUUGAUGCACAUCAGGGAAGAGGAGUUCAAUUUUCUUGAAUUUGUGCGCCGCUUUGCUAACACUAAGGUGAUGCAGGCAUACUCCAGGCUGUUUAAAAAGUACCAGUCCAAUUCUGAAUACACAAACCACUGCAUUUUGAAGAUGUACCACCGUAUUGCUUGGGACUGCAAAUUACCUGCCAUAUUUUUCCAGGCAUCUUUGUUUUGUGUAUUUCAACAAGCUAUGGAAGAUCCACGACAGACUACCAAUGAAUCCGCUAAAGAAAUUGUAAAGUUUGCCAAGUAUAUUUUUCGCAAGUUCCUUAAAGUAGCAGAAACUAAUACCAAAGUGUUUGUAGAGUUGCUGUUUUGGAAAACAAAUAAAGAUGCUCUAGAAAUUGAGUGUGGUUAUGCUGAACAAUCUUCGGGUAAACAAGCACUGAAGCAUGCAUGGAAAGAGGAAGAGGUGGAGGAGCUGAGGAGGCUCUUUGAGGAGUUUGAGUGUGCUUCUGGUGAAAACAAUGAAGGCAAGGAUACUAUUGACUUGAUUACGGAGAAUCUCAUCAGUCAGACCAGGAGUCGUCGUAUGGUCUUCAAGAAACUGAAGGAAAUGGGGCUUAUCACUGAUAUGAAACAGUUUAGAAAAAAAUCCUCUAAGCCACGGCCACCUAGAGUGUGGUCUGAGGAGGAGGAAGACGAGCUACGAACACUUUUUGAUAAAUAUAAAGACGCUAUGGAUAUAGUAGGGAGAAUCAUUGAUGAUAUGGUAGUAAAGAGACCAAGGCAGCGAAUCAUUGAGAAGAUUUUGGAUCUUGGUCUUGUAGCAGAUAGAAAAGAACUGCAUAAAAAAAGAGCCAAGAAAGGCAAAUCCCAAGGAUCCAGAAAACAUAUGGGUGAAAAUUUCUUAACUGCCAAUCAAGCUAGUGACGAUGGAGGUAGUGAGAGAGAAGGCGAUGAAUCGGAUAAUACUGAUAACAAUGACGAGUCCUCAAGCAGAAGAAUUGUCUCCAAAAAGUCUUUACAGCCACCUCCUUCAUAUGUUGCUCCUGUUGUCACACCUGCUUUGAUUUCUCAAGCAUUGAACAGUGUUCUUGAAGCAAACAUGCAGGAAGCAGUAGAUUGGCUCUCGAGGAUCUUGCAAGAUGUAGCGGAUGAUCGCGAGGAAGAUGAUGAGUUUGAGCCUGCAGUUCUUGCCUUAACAGAAGCCUGCACCAGUGCCAUGGAAAAUGAAAGUUUCCACAAGCUCUUAAAACUCAUUGGGAUCCGACCUCCACAGGGUCAUGAGGAGAUGUUCUGGCGUGUGCCAUCCUGCCUCUCAGUUGUAGCACUCCGCAAGAGAGCACAAUAUCUUGUGCAGGGAAUAUCUGGAAAUAUUGCUGACUCUGAAAAUGCUAAUGAACCUUUGGAACCUGUGGAAAACUCACAGUUUACGGAGGAAACUGCACAGAAAAAUACGAAAAAUCCAAAAUCUUCAAAGUCCAAGCAUGCCAAACCCAAACUAAAAACUCAGAAACAAAAUGUAUCAAAGAUUGUGGAUGUGGACUUUCCAGACUCUGAGAACAUUAAUCCUGAGGAUAAGGAAAACUACUGUCCUGAGCCACUGCCAUUGCUGGGAGGCAAUACUGCAGAGAAUAAUUGUGAUGUCCCACAUCUGCUGAGGGAGCAGAUAGGAAGUCACUCCAGUGAUGAUAUUCCCCUUUCCUCUACCAGUGACCCAAUAUCAGCAUCCUUAAAGAGAAAGAAAUUAAAUAUAAGUGAUGAAGAAGAAAGAGAUGGAAAUUUGGAAACCCAGCCUGUGCAUGGAAAAAAGGCAAAGAAGCGUCGUUUUGUAAUAAACGACGAUUCUGACGACGAUGUUUCAGCCUUGGAUAGUCAUGAUCUUGUACUGCAUCUAGAUACCGAGUUGACUGUAAGUGACAAACAUGCCAGUGAUCAAGGUACUUUAGGCACUGUAGAUCACUGUGAUGAAGAAAUGACUGUCAGAGAAGUUUCUAGAAGAGGGAGGAUGCUGGACUCUGAUUCUGAAGAUGAUAUGACACUAGCUGGUGGGAAGCCAAGAGCUAGAGCAAUUAUAGACAGUGAUGAUGAAUGAUUAAACUAGAUAUAGGAAGGUAGAAAAGCAAAUUGUAUCAUGUAUAGCACUGAGAUAAAAUAAUAUUUUUGUAAUGAAUUUCUACAAGUCUGUAUUUUAAAUUUCUUUUAAUCAUAGUACAGUAAUUCAAAAUUAUCUUUUUUAAUAGCAUGUGGGGGCCUGAUGUGUCUGGCAUCUGUGCCUCUGUCUUUAUUUUUACCUUUCUUUCUUUUCUGUCUCCCCGUUCUUUUUAACUUCUUUUUUUUUUUGUAUUUUCCCCUUCUAAUUUAAAAAUAACCUUUAUGGUUCUUGAGGAUUAAGAAUAAGAGUUCCUGCCAUAUAUAAUAGUAUUUUUAAAGCUAAAAGCUCUCUUGUAUAAUUCCACAAAUUUAAAACUUAAACUUAGAAUAAGGAUUUAAGUGCAUUUAUGAGGAAACCAGAACAUGAUCCAAGCUUUCAUCUUUGUUUUAACAUUUUCAGGGGUUAUUUUCUUGAGAAAAUUGUAUAACAAUUACUUUGAAGUAGGGUAUGUGAAUAAUUAUUUAAAUUCUCUAAAUUCUUGACAGUUUUUUUGAGUUUUACAAAAUGUUAAUAUUGAGUUUUAUAUGUCCCCAAAUUUUUCAAUAAAUAAUAAGUCUUCCAGAAUUUUAUUUUUAUUUUUCAUUUAGUGGGGGUGCCUUGAUGCGGGUGAAAGGUUCUUGAUCCAAGGGCUUGACAUAACCCUUCUCUUAUGUGGAUGAAGCCUGCUUAUCCCCCAUUACCCAGGUGCUGUGUAACCUCUACAUGUUUAGCACUUCUCCAUGAAUAUAAAGAUCGUCCUGUCAAACUUUUGGAAGUCCUCUACAUUCACCUUUAACUGUAUCUUGAAAUUAAAUAAAAAAGCUCCAUAUAACAGAAGAGUGAGUAGCAGUGAAUGGCAUUUGUGGUAGAUAAAGAAGAGUUUGUUUUGAUGUGAUAGUACCCAUAAAAGACACGUAACCAGUGGACUUGUACACAAAUAACCCACACGUAGGAGA